AUGUCCCGAGCGGAAUACUUGGCCAAAUAUUUAUCAGGAGGUGAUGAGAACAAGCAAAAGAAACUGAUUAAAAUAAAGCAUAAGAAACGAGAUAAGAGGCUACCUGUACCAUCAAAUAUUCGGAUCCUGAAGCUGGUUUUCCACGAACCUCCACCGCCACCACCAUCAUCAUCAACAUCUUUAUCUUCAUCAGCGGCUUUGGCGCUGGUAUCGUCACUUGACUCUGCAGAUUUGGAUACCAUCUAUGGUGACGAAGAAUCUCGGCCUGUUGUUGUAAAAAAUGUCAAGGAGAAUAAAGGAUUCAAGAGAAUUGAUAAUGGAACUCUUGUCGAGCCGUCCUCCUUAGACUCGAGCAGCAAUGCCAUUGCAAAGCAAACUUUUCAAAACAAAACAACUCCGUCUAAUCAGGCACCGGAAACAAUUUUUAGGGACUCCUCGGGUAAGAUCAUAGACAUAAAGGAGGCUCAACGAGACUUUGAAUUGAGGAAAGAGGAAGAAAGGCGACGAAAAGAAACUAUAGAAGUUCGCUCAUCAAAGCAACAACAAUUAGAACAAGAAACACGUGUCUUUAAAUCAAGCUUAGAUAAAAACUUUGAAGAUCCGGUUAGUGUUUUCCAAGAAAGUAGAAGAAUAAAAAACGAGAGCGAGGAUAUAGAAAAGUCCAAGUUUGUUUUUAAUAAAGGCAUUAAUCCGCCUAAUAGAUUCGAUAUACCAGCAGGCUAUUUCUGGGAUGGCGUAGACCGGUCCAAUGGGUUUGAAAGUUUGAUGUUGCGGAAGAUUAAUGAGCAAAGCUAUGACAAGAUGAGUUCAAAAGUUGAUCAGGAUUACGAAUUGGAUUUCGACUGA